CGCGCUCCGCAGCGAAUCAUGCUCGCCCUGCGCGGCUUGCGGCUUCUGACUCGCCUCCCGCGCCAGAGGCUUCUACGGGCCAGUCGGGCGGCUUGCACGGCGGCGGAGAACGGGGGGAAAACGACCGACCAAGGACCGCAAAGGCCGCCCUUCGACGCCGGGUUGCUGGAGAUCCUCGUGUGUCCCCUGUCGAAAAAGCCGCUCAGGUAUAACGAAUCCACAAAUGAGUUAAUUAAUGAAGAACUAGGUAUAGCAUACCCCAUCAUAGAUGGCAUUCCUAAUAUGAUACCUCAGGCAGCAAGAAUGAUUGGCAAGGAGAAGCAGGAAACGGAACCUGAACAAACCUAGAUUAUCCUCUUGGAAGGAAGUUGGAAGACAAGUAGAGGAAGAUGUUUCCCUCGUUUCCUACCAUGACUGUACUUGUCCCGCUGUUGUCUUUAGCUGGCCUCUUCUAUUCAGCCAGUGUAGAUGAAAACUUCCCCCAGGGCUGCACAAGUACAACAAGCAUAUGUUUCUACAGCCUGCUGCUUCCAAUUACAAUACCAGUUUAUGUAUUUUUCCAUCUUUGGACGUGGAUGGGCCUUAAACUUUUCCGCCACAACUAGAUUGUGCUUAACUCUAAGAAGCCUCUUGAAAUAAAGAAUGGAGUGAAGCUUUCUGAAUAUUCUGACCCUUACAGUACACCUGAAAUGAAACAGAGGCUAACUGUCUUCAGAUGCAAGUACAUCCAAGCAAAUUGAAAAGUCCCUUGCCCUUUAGGGCAUGCCUACAGUACCAAAGUAGCAUCAAAAGCCACAGGAAUUUCAAACAAGA